CCUUGUUCUAAUUCUUCCAUCCCGUUGGGAGCACGAAAUUGCAAAACCUAGCCUCUUCUGCAUAUGUAUGCGUCGCCGGAAUCUACAGAAGAACAGGCAAAACAGAGGGUUAUUGCAGUAUUUAUCGGUGAUAACAUACACGUUUGAAGAUAGAUAGCGAUAUUGAAUAUGUCUUCGAAUAAGAGCGAGGAGAAAUCUCAGGCCGCGGCGGAGAGAAUUAAGGCCGCGGCGUUGACUGCGGCGAAGGGGCUUAGCCGUGCGCAGGCAGAGCGGGCUGCGGCAGCGGCCGCACGGAACGUGAAUGCGUACGGGCAGAAGGAGGAGGGCCCCAGCCGAUGGCAGGAGAAGAGGGAGGCGAAGCGGCAGAUGUAUCUGAUGAGCACUGAGAAGGCCGUGAAAUUGGGCGAAAGGAAGGAUCUCAAGCCUUCGAGAUCCGCUUCUGGCGGCGCCGCGCAGUGUCAGAAGUGCUUCCAAAGCGGGCACUGGACUUACGAGUGCAAGAAUGAGAGGGUUUAUAUUUCUAGGCCUUCGCGGACUCAACAGCUUAAAAACCCUAAACUGAGGGUCGAUACGCCUGUCGCGUAUGAUUUGGAUUUGGAUGGCGAUGUUCCUGAUGGUGAUGAUAAGGAGGAAAAAGAGAAGAAGAGGAGGAAGAAGAAGAAGAAGAAGAGUGAAAAGAAACGACAUCGUUAUGAUUCAGAUAGUGAGAGUGACAGUGGGAGUGAUGCAUCUUCUGUCACCGGAUCGGAUUCUUCCUCUGAGAGUAGUUCUGGUUCUGAUUCGGAGGAAGAACGAAAGCGCAGGAGGAAGAAGCAGAGGAAGAGAUCAAGACGCAGCCGGAGGAGUUAUAGUUCGUCUUCAGGUUCGGAGUCUGAUACAGAUUCUGGUUCUGACUCUGAUUCGGAUGAUAAGAGCAGCCGGAGGAAGAAGAGGCGUAGUCGUAGGCGUUGAAUGAGAUCGUGGCCAGGUCCAUGGAGACAACCAUCAAGAUUCUGCGAUAUGGUGCUUUUUUUUAUUUGGCAAUGGGUUUCAUUCUCAGUUUGCAGUUCGUGUCAAGGCACUUGCUCCAGGGGAAGAAUGCAUGGCAGCCAUUUUUGUUUGCUGUAACCCAACCUGUGGCAACCGUUGUGGGGACUAGGGAUUCUUCGUAACUUGGUCAAACGAAGGUUCAACGUAGGGAGGGGUAUUCAGCAUAUCAUUUCUUCACUCGUGGAUAUUUUUGCUCACUGGUUAUAAAAAAACAACUAUUAGCCCUCACUGUUUAAACUCCAAUCAAAUAUUGUUGACAUAAUUAAUGAUCUAAACCUUUAGUUUGUGGAUUAUUAAAGAAGUUUGCAUUUAGUUUGUGAACUCCUGAAUAUUUAAUUAAAGGGCAAUGAUUAGUAUUCGUGAGGACAUGUAACAACAUUAGUCAUCUAUGUUUGGAUUGAUUUCAUUGUUUAAAUUAUGAUGUUUAAUGUAUCUUUAGCUUAACUUA